AUGGCUUGUGCAGUGGACGAAGCCGACAAAGCUUUCGCGGCGGAUGUUCUUGGUGGCUGCUUUGGUCAAGGCGGGGACUUCACUGUGGUCGUGGAGGAGCGCGUCGCGGGUAAGUCCGGACAGGACGCCGAGGUCGUCAGGACGGAAUUCAAGGUGUGGUCUGUGUUGCUGAGUCAGUGGUCAAAAGUGUUUCACACAAUGACUACCUCCACGUCAUUCCGAGAGAAGGCCGCAGCUGAGGUUGUCAUCCAGGAUUUCUCGGCAACAACAGUGGAGGCAUUUCUCCGCUUUUUGUACUCCGGCGUCCUGCGCGGCAGCCUCGCCACAACGGUGGAGGUGGGUAUGUUGGCGGACAAAUACCAGGUGGACAAGCUGCAGAGCCUGUGCAAGCAAGCCGUCCAAAAGCAGCUCAGGCCAGACACUGCGUGCGAGCUGCUGCAGCUGGCCGAUCGAUGUCAGAAUGCUGAUUUGCGACUCCAGGCCCUGGAGAAGAUCCUGAUUCACCCCAAGGAAGCUCUCCGACUUCGCCCUGCGAUAAGUCCACGGCUCUUGGACGAGGUCCUGAGCUCACCGUUCUUGUGCGUUGAGCAGGAAGAGCUGUUCGGUCUGCUGCAGGGCUGGGGCAAAAGGAAGGCUUCUGCCCUCGACGACGAUCUGCAACCAGUCAUCGACAACCACACCGUGGUGGUCGUGGGUCGGAAGCAAGCCCGGUACUCCUUUUCGGUGCUGGGCUCACUCUGGAAUAUGUACGAGCGUGGCGGCAAGGAGGGCCCCUUUCUGGGAUACUGGGUCAACGUCACACUCGGAAGUUCAGACGUUGCCGCUUGGUUCAAACUGGCUAUGAUCACCUUAGUUGACUGGUCGCAAAGGGUGACAUAG